UAAGAAACGACUGGUUGUUUUCUCUGGGACAGACUAAAGCAGCUGAGGAUGACGGAGACAAUGGCUCAAACGCCCUUUCCUCAGAGAAGCCAUGGAAGAGGGGCUACUAGCUCUAUCAGGUUCAAAAUCCAAUAUCAAUAGAGCUUCAGGUGUUGUGGUUCUGAGCACAUUGGUCGCUCUCUGUGGUUCCUUCAGCUAUGGAUGUGCUGUUGUCGGUUUUUACCACUUUCAAAGAAAUUCAUUUCCAUUAUCAAGCCAAGGAAGUCAUGCACACCACCUGUUUGAUGAAAGUUCCAGUCGUAGCUCUUCGAGAUAUUUACAAGACCCUGAACCAACUGCCACAAUUGAGGCACUGGAGAAUAAUUGUCGUCUCUUCUACUGUUUUGAAAUCAUGAAUGAUGAAUUUGAUUUACAGAGCAUGAAAAUGUUGAAAGUAAGAGCUGCCCUCGAGGAAAAAUUGAAGCAGAAGGGUAUUUUCAAUUCCAUCACUCCAAGAACUGAUAGACCCCAGAAACAUCUGAAACCAUUAAAUGGGAAGCUGAAUCGUAUGAUGAUUUUGAUGAUGACCCUGUAAAUGCUGAAGGCGCUAACCAGGCUCAUGCAAGUUCAUUGAGUGCAAGCAAAAUUUCCCAAUUUGUUGCUGCUAAUCGACAUAAGU